AUGUUCCUCCAACAGCUCUUCCCGUAUCAUUUGUUCGAAAUACGCGGCAUCUUGAACUCCCCGACGGUUGUUCUCAUCACCGGAGCCAACGGCGGCAUUGGCCAUGCUAUUGCCGAAAACCACGAUCUCACCGCAUCGCUACAGUCUCGCAGUAUGUCUGCGUCAGCUGUUCAACUCGAUCUCACAGUCGACGAAGACAUCGUCGCAGCAGCCGCCUCCGUCUCCGAGACUUUUGGCAAGCUCGACGUCCUGGUCAACAACGCAGAGGUGCACUUCGACAUGACAAAAGAGCUCUCCGUCCGGGAGCAGGGGACGUCCACCUUCUCCACAGAUGUCGUCGGUACCGCCGCCCUGACCGACAAACUCUUACCGCUUCUUCGCAAGGCGCCGUUCGCGCGGAUCGUCUUCGACGUCACGCCAAAGGCGUACGAUGCCAGCAAAGCCACCUUCAGCAUGUUGGCCAUUAGCUAUGCGAAACUGUUGAGAGAUGUUAGAGGCAUUGCGAAUGCUGUGUGCCCGGGGUUGCUUGAGACCAAGAUCACGGCCCCAAGCUGGGAGUCGGCUAAUGGUCGUCUUGCGACGCGGUUCAUCAACGCCGAAGACCCUUCGGACUUCCUCAUCUACAUCCAGGGCCUCUUUUGUACAGAGAGCCGAAUGGGCAGCUGGGCAUACCUCUUCAAGUCCCUCACUACCGGCGCUGUUGCCGGACGCCUAGAGAGGCUGGGUCCAUACGACGAUCUUCGCACGCCAGUGAGGCACAGAGCCGAGCUCCGCGCAGCCCUCGCCGCACUGCAGAUACCCGCCGAAUACAGAUAUGGUUUCAGGAAACUCACAAUUGCAACCACUCGCGCCUGGCUCGUGGAAGACGGAAACCUGUUAGUCGAACGGGCAGAAAAUGAAGCCAUCGCAGGGCCCCUGAUCGAUUGGGCACAGGCUCGUAACACGCCAGAGUUUUCAGACGUAUCCGACGGAGACCUUUGGUUCGCAAUCAAACGGCAGAUACAGGCUCUCUAUUCUUUCGGGGAACCAAUGGAAUCCGUCACCGUCCAGUUUCGUCUGAUUGAAGCCGAGUACAACAGACUGUGCCAAGCGGAAGCCUUGAUGGCUCUGAGGGAUACUCGACGGCCUUAUUUCUUCAGAGACCCUUCACCUGAGCGGGAGUGGUGA